AUGUCAAUGUCAUCCAACACAAUAUAUGAUCCUUCGGGAGAUGUCCUCCUAGUGCUCAGCAAAAAGGAUGACAGUGCACCUGCCACAAACCCUCCGGACAAGGUCAACAAAGUAUCUCAAGAUGACGAGGACGAAGAGCUUGGAGUUGACGAUCCACAACCCACUCAACCAGAUGCUUCAAAUCCCCAAACAUCGCAGCCUUUCAAAGAGUAUGAAUGCCGAGUAUCCUCGAGACAUCUUGCGCUCGCAUCACCUGUCUUUCGUGCCAUGCUCGACGGCGGUUUCCAGGAGGCAGUCGAGCUAAGCUGUAGACCACUGACACGAGUACCGUAA